UCAUUCCAGGUCAUUGAUAAUAUUUUGUGCACAAAUUGCGACCGUAAUGGAACGAGGAGGUUCGAGAUAAACAAGAGUAUCUUCAUCCAACCGAAGGAAGUAGCUUUGGGAGAAAUCAAGAUGGCAUCAUUCUUCGAUCUGAAGGAGGAUGGAAACUUGGAUAUCCUAAUUGAAUACAAGCCAUUUGAAGGAGAUACGAAGUUCAGCUUCAUCCCUUGUGACGACAAGGGCGAUGUCACGUUUCUCAAGGUCACGGUGUUCACAAACGUUUGCGGUAAGCACUGCAAACCGUCACCAAAAGAACUGGGCUCUGGUGUCAGCUGGGGCGGGGCUUGUGCAAGCUUCAGCAUGUCUGAUGGAUGGGGUGGAUCAUUGAAAAGUUCGGCAUGUCAAAUUCCUGCUGGAACGCAUCGUGCGCUGGCGCCGCCUUAUCUUACUAUUGGUGCGCCGCUCUACAAUGAGGCCUUGAACGCUCGGCAGCACACGCUGAAGCAGAUAGUACCGAACUCGAGGAUUGUUGUUAUACCUCCGGCCGAAGGCGGCUCACAGUGGCUCACGCGACUGUAUGUCACCCCAUCACAGCUCAUUCUUCAGGACUGGUCCUACAAAGCAGCCAUGUGGCUCUCCUCC